ACUACCAAAGUACUACUUGUCAUUCACUGCUUCAUGUAUUGGUUUAUGUAUUAGUUCAUACUAGUUGAUUUCGGAAGCUUCUCUCUGUAUGGAGCCAGUUCAGCUCCAGCCGGCAAGCGGGUAGCCGCUCCUUAAUACAUUGUUACCCCUGGAGUCCAUCUCUUACUACGUCUCAAUCCUGCAGUUAUUACAUUGGCGACGAGGAUGGGAUUUAUUGGCAAAGUAGAAGAAUUUAACCAGGAUGCCGAGGUGUGGACUCAAUAUGUGGAGCGGCUGGAGCAUUUUUUUGAAGCCAACGACAUUAUUGAAGAGAAAAAAAAGAAAUCUACUUUAUUGGCUGUUUGUGGAGCAAGAACCUACGAAGUGAUAAGGUCACUCUGCCUACCAGAGAAGCCAGCCGACAAGUCGUACAGUGACCUCAAAGUGCUGUUGGAGAAUCACAUGUGCCCGAAACCGUCAGUAAUCAUGAAGCGCUUCAAAUUCAACUCACGAUUCAAGCAACCAACUGAAUCUGUGUCUUCUUACAUUACUGACCUUCGGAAAUUAGCGGAGCACUGUGCGUACGGAAACCAACUACCUGACAUGUUACGAGAUCGUCUGGUGUGUGGAAUUGACGACCGAAAAAUACAAGCAAGGUUGUUGGCAGAUGGGAAUUUGGACUUCAAGAAGGCAGAGGCAACUGCUCUGGCUAUGGAGGCUGCGGCAAAAGACACUGAAGACCUACAACAGGCUGGGGAGUACCGCAGCAGUCAAGUGAACAAGAUUCAGGAGAGGCGCGGGGAAGGAAGAAAAAUUCAAGAGACACCGUGGGUGCGAACGAAUCCUCGACCACAGUGCUACAGGUGUGGGGGUCCGCAUGUGGCUCCUAGCUGUCAUUUUGCACGUGCUACCUGUUUUAAAUGUAAGAAAGUGGGACACUUGGCAAGGAUGUGUCGAAAUAAAGCAGACAUGGAAAGGAAAAUGCACAAGAUUGAGGGUGGAGAGGAGAAACCGAUUGCUUUCGCAUCCCGAUCCCUGAGCAUAGCUGAACGCAAGUAUGCUCAGGUAGAGAAAGAAGGUUUGGCAAUAAUAUUUGGUGUUAAGAAAUUUCAUAAUUACUUGUAUGGCCGCCAUUUUGAGAUCAUUUCAGACCAUCAGCCACUUAAAAGUCUGUUUAAUGAAACUCGCCCAGUGCCUGUGAUGGCAUCAAGUCGUAUCCAACGCUGGGCGCUAACACUAUCGGCGUAUGAAUACACUAUCACCCACAAACCAGGGAAAAAUAUAGUACAUGCUGAUGGGUUGAGUCGCCUUCCUCUCCCUGAAUUCCCCAAGGUGACUCCAGUCCCCGGUGAUGUGGUAUGCGUGUUGGAGAGACUAGACCAGACACCCGUCACGUCGAGAGAGUUAAGGCAAUGGACGGAUAAGGACUCAACACUCUCGAAGGUAAGAGAUCACAUUCUGUACGGUUGGCCUGGACAUAUAGCAGAGGAAACACUUCAGCCUUUUUUUAGAAGGAGGCACGAAUUAAGUGUCCAAGAUGGAAUAAUUUUGUGGGGAUCAAGAGUGGUGGUGCCUCAGAUAGCUAGAAAAAAUGUGUUGGCUGAGCUACAUGCAACGCAUCCAGGAGUCUCGCGCAUGAAAGGUAUUGCGCGUAGUCAUGUGUGGUGGCCCAAUAUAGAUAAAGAUGUUGAGUCAACAGUACAACUAUGUUCACAGUGCCACCAAGUGAGAAAUCUUCCCCCAGACGCUCCUUUGCAGCCAUGGGAGUGGCCACUAAAACCCUGGUCCAGGUUACAUUUGGAUUACGCUGGGCCGUUUAUGGGUGCAGUUGCUAGAUGGGAGGACUGUACGACGUCAUCUCGACUAUGUGAGGAGAAGAGUAAGCAUAGAGGGCGAGACGGUUAACGCAGAUGAUGCCAUACCACCUCCCAUGGACCUCACAAAUGGAGCAGGAAUUCAGAAACAUGGUUCGGCACCGGCAGGCAGCGUGUCGCCCCUAAAGGCAGGAGUUUCGAAGCAGUCCGGAGCACACAACAGCAACGCGCCGGAUCAAAUUCAAGAACGAGAGUUAACCUCAAGUCAAGAGUUCGAACCUGGAUUGCCGCCACAACAGCAGCCGUUGGAGAGGGAAACACUGCGCCGUUCUGAGAGACUGCGCCAGAAGCCAGAUCGUUUGCAGAUAGCUUGGAAAUAAAAUGUUAGGUCUCUUGCUUCACUUGUGUUAACUAUUUUAAUUGUUGGAGUUUUGUAUUACUUUUGCUAGUUUUAGUUACUAUGUUUAUUUUGUUUUUUGUCUCGUGUUUGCGGGUUUUAGCGUUUCUUAUAACUUGUAUCGAAUAUUUUUUUUUCUAGUCUUUCUAAUUGAUAAGUUUUAGUAUCUUCUGUAUCUUUUUUAACAUUUUGGUUGUAAACUUGAUUUUAUGGUUUCUAACCUGAGUUUUUUUUAAAAAAAGGGAGGAGUGUUAUAAUUGUUACUACCAAAGUACUACUUGUCAUUCACUGCUUCAUGUAUUGGUUUAUGUAUUAGUUCAUACUAGUUGAUUUCGGAAGCUUCUCUCUGUAUGGAGCCAGUUCAGCUCCAGCCGGCAAGCGGGUAGCCGCUCCUUAAUACAUUGUUACCCCUGGA